AUGGCUGCCGCUGCCAAUUCACCUUCCUCCAGCAGGCGAAACUCCAACACCCAGCUGCUGGAAGAGCUGGAAGCACUCAGCCAAUCCCUCUACCAGACCCACACUGCUUCCACCGCCAGGAGGACCAACUCCCUCGCCCUCCCCAGAACCUCACUCCCUUCCAUCCUCUCCACCGACGAAAUCAUCAAACCCUCCUCCGACGCCGCCGCCGUCCCAAACAGCAGCAGCAGCAGAUCCGCCUCCCGCCCCCGCACCAGGCGCAUGUCCUUGUCCCCCUGGCGCUCCAGGCCCAAGCUCGACGACGACGACGUCACCAUCAAAACCACCGUCAAACCUGACGGUGGCAAGAAGCUGGACGACGGCAAAGCAGCAGAGAAGAAAGGAGGGAUUUGGAACUGGAAGCCGAUUCGAGCGCUCUCCCACAUUGGUAUGCAGAAAUUGAGCUGUUUAUUCUCCGUCGAAGUGGUAGCCGUACAAGGGCUUCCUUCCUCCAUGAAUGGGCUCAGGCUCUCCGUCUGCGUCAGGAAGAAGGAGACCAAAGAUGGUUCCGUUCACACCAUGCCUUCCCGGGUCUCCCAGGGCGCCGCGGAUUUCGAGGAGACGCUUUUCAUCAAGUGCCACGUAUACUGCUCUUCUUCUUCCAACAAGCAGCUGAAAUUCGAGCCGAGGGUUUUCUACAUCUAUGUCUUCGCCGUCGAUGCAGAGGAGCUCGAUUUCGGGAGGAGCUCGGUGGACUUGAGCGAGCUGAUUCAGGAAUCCAUGGCCAAGAACCUGCAAGGAACCAGGAUUCGUCAGUGGGACACCACGUUCACGCUGGCUGGCAAGGCCAAAGGAGCUGAGGUUGUCCUGAAGCUAGGGUUUCAGAUUAUGGAGAAGGAUGGUGGGAUUGACAUCUACAGCCAAGCUUCUCAAGAUCAAGGGGCGAAAGCCAGUGGUAGUAGUUUAGUGAAGAGCUUUACGCCUUCUUUUGGGCGUAAACAGUCCAAAAUGUCUUUCAGCGUGACUAGUCCUCGGAUUACUAGUCGCGCUGAAGCUUGGACUCCUUCGCAGGCCAGAAUUCCAGCUGAUCUUCAGGGGAUUGACGAUUUGAAUCUCGACGAGCCAGCUCCUGUUGUUGUUCCUCAACUUCCUCCUUCGUCAGGCCAGAAGAAGGAUGGUGAGCAGAAAGUGGAAGAGUUUGAGGUGGUGGAUAAAGGAGUGGAGAUUUCUCAGGACAAAGAAGAAGAGAAGAGUGGUGGAGAUGGAGAUGCAGAUUCUGUGGAGAAUUCGGAAGGGAAGUCCGUUUCUAGCGAGGUCGUGAAGGAAAUCGUGCAUGAUCAAGUUCACUUGAACCGAUUGUCUGAGCUUGACUCCAUAGCUCAGCAGAUUAAAGCUUUGGAAUCCAUGAUGAGAGAAGAGGAAAAUGAUGAUGGUGAUGAUGAGGCUGAAUCACAGAAGCUGGAUGCGGGUGAAGAGACGGUGACGAAAGAGUUUCUUCAAAUGCUUGAAAAUGAAGGAGAAGGGAUGGAUGGAGUCCAGUUCAGUAAUUUCAGCCAAUUGCCUGAAAUCCAUUAUGAUUCAGCUGAAGCUGAUUCUGAUUCUUCCCAAGCCUAUGUCUCGGAUCUCGGGAAGGGACUCCGCUGCGUGGUUCAAACCCGGGAUGGAGGUUACUUGGUGGCCAUGAACCCACUCAAUGAUGUUAUUGUGACUAAAAAGGAGACUCCAAAGCUCGCGAUGCAGCUAUCGAGACCACUCGUUCUUGCAUCAACACAGCAGCAGCAGUCUUCCUCUUCCUUUAGUGGGUUCGAGUUGUUUCAGAAGAUUGCUGGUGUUGGAUUUGAAGAGCUGAGUUCACAGAUUCUGUCUACAAUGCCGCUAGACGAGCUGAUGGGGAAAACAGCAGAGCAAGUUGCGUUUGAAGGGAUAGCCUCUGCAAUCAUCCAAGGGAGGAACAAAGAAGAAGUAGCGACCUCGAGUGCUGCGAGGACCAUUGCUUCGGUGAAGACUAUGGCAACUGCAAUGAGCUCAGGGAGGAAAGAGAGGAUCUCGACAGGGAUAUGGAACGUGAGCGAGGAACCUUUGACUGCCGAGGAGGUGUUGGCUAUUUCAUUGCAGAAGAUUGAAGCGAUGGCCAUAGAAGGAUUGAGAAUCCAGGCUGAAAUGGCUGAUGAAGAAGCUCCCUUUGAUGUCUCUCCAGUUCAGGGAAGCCAAGUUCUGGAAACUGCGAAUCCUUUGGAAGACUGGAUAAGGAGAAGUGAGAAGUCGGGAGAGAGUGAAGAGACGAUCACUAUAGCUGUUUGUGUCCAGCUCCGGGAUCCAUUGAGGCGAUAUGAAGCAGUUGGAGGGCCUAUUUUGGUAAUCAUCCAUGGAGGUCGAGUAGUUGAUGGAAACGAGAAGAAGUAUGAAGAAGAGAAGAAGUUCAAGGUGAGGAGCUUACAUCUUGGAGGGAUGAAGGUGAGAAGUAAAGGGAAGAGGAAUGCAUUUGAUACAGAGCGGCAAAGGUUGACUGCCAUGCAAUGGCUGGUAGCUUAUGGAAUUGUGAAGGGAGGCAAGAAGGGGAAGGUCGCAACUGGGAAAGAGCAGGAUGUGUUGUGGAGCAUUUCUUCCAGAAUAAUGGCGGAUAUGUGGCUGAAAUCGAUGAGGAAUCCUGAUGUUAAGCUGGUGGUUCGGUAG